AAAAUAUUUAUUUUUCAUUCAUGAAUGUUUUUUUUCAGAUUGAGGAAUCUAGGCGAAAAUGAAGUUGAAGAAAACACAUUUGUUGCGGACAUAUUGAUAAAAAUUAAAGUCGCCAUGAAAAGAUGGGAAGAAGGAAUUAGACUCGAAAUGGAUCAACAGGAUUUUAAGACCCUUUUAGGGUCGUGUUGAUCCCGUUAGGGGUCCCGGGGUGUUGUAAUGAAUAUGUUAGAACAUCUUCUUCUAACCUUCUCUCUUCUCAUCACUUGCUCCUCCUCAGAUGUGUUCCCGAGGUUCUACCUGGAGGUUGAACCUGCUGACCUUGUGUUGACCGGGUCAAGGUCAGCACUGGACUGUGUAGCUGUAGGUCAACCUGCACCAACUAUCAGAUGGCGAAAAGAUGGUGUAGAGGUGGCCUUGUCGCCCCUGUUGAACGGAAGCCUGGUGGUCAGGGGUGUGAAGGGUGAGGAGGGGGGGUACCAGUGUACUGCUACCCUCCCAGGGGUGGGAACCAUCAUCUCAAGGGUGGCCAGGGUUACAGUUUUAGAAGAAGCUGUUUUUGUUAAGAGUCCUUCUAGUCUAACAGUAUUCCCAGGCCAAACCGCACUUUUCGCUUGCCAAACCAAACCUGCAAUCCAGGUGUCCUGGAUGAAGAAUGACCGCCCUGUUGUCCUGGAUAACCGGAUAUCCGUUCUUCAGUCCGGAAGUCUGGAAAUAACGGAUGUUAGGACAAGUGAUAGAGCUUCUUACAGAUGUAUGGCUGGUUCUGCUAAAAGCUCAGCUGGAGACCUGAAAAUCAACCUUGAUAUUGCCAGCAGUUUACAGCCACAGCCUCCCACCUUCAUCUCCUUCGCCUCAUCCGUCAAGGUGGUGGAGGGGUUGAACGUGUUCCUGGAGUGUGCCGCCAACGGCGUCCCUCCCCCCACCAUAUCUUGGCUUAAAGAUGGUAAGGAACUGGAGAUGGAAGACCGGCGCUACGCAAGAACCGGAAACGGCUCCUUGGUCGUCAACAACGUUCGUUUGGCAGACGCUGGCGGAUACCAGUGUCGGGCGGAGAACACCGAGGAUGUUAUUGACUCCGCCCUGGAAGUGCAGGUUCAAGUUCCGCCUCAGUUCAUUAAGAUGCCGGCGAAUCACAUGUCGUAUGAAAAAGACGACAUUUUGUUUGACUGUGAGGUGUUGGGAUAUCCUGAACCAACUGUGCAAUGGUUUAAAAACGGAGAUCUCAUCAUAGAAAGCGAAUAUUUCCAGUUUGUCCGGGGGAAGAACCUAAAGAUCCUGGGUCUGGUUAGUUCAGAUGCUGGAGUAUAUCAGUGCCUAGCAACUAACCCUGCAGGCAGUAUCCAAGCACCAGCUAUACUUCAAGUCAAAUCUAAAGUGGUUGGGGGUGUUACCACAGCCCGUCCACUGUCUCUGCUAGGUGGUGGCCUGCUGAAGGGUGUUCCUGGGCCGCCCACUAACCUGGAGGCGGUCAUCACGAGCACAAGGUUCUUGACCCUGUCCUGGGAGCACCCGGCGGACCUGGACACGGAGCAGAUCACUGGGUACUCCGUCUUCUACACACAACAGGGUUCUGAGAGAGAACGUGUUGUGAAUUCUAGUCGUGGUUCCUUAGAAGAAAUCUCAAUACAGGGUCUGCAACCUGGUACAGUGUACAGUGUCCGUGUACUGGCCCACAAUGACCACGGACCGGGGUCCAGCAGUCCGCCGAUCAUCAUUAGAACCCAGGCGGAGGUAGAUCUGCCUUCGCCGCCCACUUCGCUCUCUGCUACACCCAUCUCCGCCUUCUCUAUCCUGGUAACCUGGCUUCCGCCUCCUAACCCUGAUGGCGUGGAGAAGUAUAAACUCUAUUAUCGCCGGGUUAUAGUUANAAUUAAUAGGGAUGGUUUUAUAUUUCAAGUGCGCUGGGAGCCACCUGCGAAAGAAUCUCAGAACGGUAUAAUUACCGGGUAUAAGAUUAAGUGGCGGCGGGGAGGAAAAGGCGGAAAUACUCAAACCGUAUCCACAGAUGGUAGUCGGCGGCUAUACGCCAUUACAGGUUUACGGAAUGGUCGGGAGUACCAGGUAAAACUAUCCGCCUUGACGGUCAACGGGACCGGUCCCUAUACAGGCUGGUUGGAGGCUGCAACCUUUGCCUCCGACCUUGAUGAAUCUAUUGUACCUGAACCUCCUGCUGUCCUCAGAGCUAAGGCUGCCGACGAUUCAAUAACGAUCGUGUGGAACCCGCCGAGCUCGAACACGAUCCUGGUUCGAGGAUACACGAUAGGAUGGGGGAAGGGGAUCCCGGACGAGUACACCAAGGUGGUGGACAACAAGCAGAGAUACUUCGUCAUUGAGAACCUCAAGCCGAACAGUGAGUACGUCAUCAGUUUGAGGGCAUACAAUAACGUCGGCGAUGGACGGCCGAUUUAUGAAACAACAAGGACGAGUGACGAGGCACCGAAUGAGCCAGCCACGCCACUAGUCCCUCCCGUUGGACUACACGCAAUCGUCCUUUCGUCCUCUACGGUUGUGAUCACAUGGAUCGAUUCAACCCUUCCCAGGAAUCAGCUAAUCACGGAUAAUCGAUAUUAUAUUGUUCGGUACACCAGUGUUAUUUCGAUACAAGCCGAGCGUCCGAAGCACAACUAUAGGAAUGCAACAGACUUAAACGCCAUGAUCGACGAUCUCCGUCCUAACAUGGAGUACGAGUUCACGGUGAAGGUGGUGAAGGGUGCCAGGCAGUCACCCUGGUCUCUGGUCGUCCUUAAUACUACACAAGAAUCUGCACCCGCCUCCCCGCCUCGGGAUCUUAAUGUUAUCGGUAACACCGCCGAUCCUUCAACGAUUACGCUGACCUGGUUACCACCGCGGAGAACAAACGGACGGAUAAACGGUUAUGUGAUCUUCUAUACCGAAGACAAGAGGAAGCAGGAUAGGGAGUGGGUGGUGGAGGGGGUCAUCGGGGACAAGACCUCCACCGAGAUCAGGCAGUUGGAUCCUGACACUAAAUACUACUUCAAGAUCCAGGCCAGAAAUAGUAAAGGAUAUGGUCCUCAUUCAGCUGUAGUGAUGUACCGAACUAAAUCCGGCGAAAUAGGAACAGUGGCAAGUUCCGACGGUGGUAUUCCGCCGGCGGUUCAAUACUCAAUAUUUGCAACCGGUGGUGUAAUAGUGAUUGUGGCGGUUAUAUUUGGUUUGAUGAUGUGUCGGCGGGGCUCCAGGGCGGCAGAGCUGGAGCGAAAUAAACCAUAUAUGAAAGGAGAGACAGGAGCAGGGCGGGAGAAGUUGAACCCGCCCCCGCCGGAUCUUUGGAUAAACCACGAUCAGCUGGAGUUAAAAUCAAUGAAUUCCAAUCAGGAGGAGGGAGGUCGUGCCCCCUCCCUACCCCGCUCCACUCCUGUAGAUAUCAGAGGCUCCAGCUCCACACUAGAUAGAUCUAGAUAUAUUGCUCCAUAUUCAGGAACGGAAAGUGAGCGAUCGUACUCCGGCCGGGAAUCGCAGCGCCGAUUAUUACGACAAUCACUCACCGGGUCCGGACACCCGAUGAAAAUCGCGGCAAUCGGGAACAAACAUAAAGUUUCCCGAUAUCUGUCUAAGGAGUCUGUAGCGUCAAGUAUUCCAAACGGAAGUUGUUCUGGUUCCACGUAUAUCCGGUCUCAAUACAACCUCAAUCCUCCUCCUCCAUCUUCUUGUAGAUCAAUGAACUCCCCGCACUCCCCGGAGCCUCUCCCCGGCUACUGCCCGGGGUCAGACGGUCCUCCGUCUACCUGCAAUGGAGACUUUAAUUGGGCAAAUACAACGACCUCCAGUAUAGAUGGAGGCUCUGCCAUGAGCUGUGGAGGCUGUCAUCCUAGUCAAAUACCUCAAUAUAUGUCAUCCGCAAUGUCCACAUCCUCCGCCGACAGUGGGAGUGUAUCCGGCUCCGGAAGCAGAGCGUGUAGUGGGAGUGGCGGAAGUGCAGCGGGGAGUGGGAGCGGGUCCCGUCGCCCCUCCCAUCUUAGAAGCUUUAAUGUACCAAAUAUACCUUCAUCACUUUCUCAAUCGAAACCUGGAUUAGGACUGCGUCCUACCCCUACUAGUCCGUUCAAACGAGUUCUGUCCUCCACUACAGAGUGCGCUGAACCCUGCUCCUUGAACCAAAGGAGUAGUUCCCCUACUCUUCUACCUAUGGGUGAGGUUAGGAGUCCCAGUCUUCUUCAGGAGGUGAGGAGUCCUGAUGUACUCAUGCAACAAGGAGCUUGUGAUUGCUUAUCACAAUCCUUAUUGGCGUCUCGAAGUACCGAGGAGCUAAACAAUGAGAUGAGGAACCUGGAAAGCGUGAUGAAGGACUUGAACGCCAUCACCGGGAAUCCACAGAGGAUACCCCCACAUCCUCUUCACAUCACUUGUAAUACUCAGUGCUGAGCAUUCAUUCAUUCAUUCAUUCAUCCUUUCAUUGAUCCAUCCAUUCUUUCAUCCUGCACUCCAACUUCAGUGCUAGAUAUUCAUUAAUUCAACCAAUAUUUCUACACCAUCUCAAGAUAAAAAUGAAAUUAAUAGAACUGGACGCACUUACAGCGAUAUAUAAUAUAUUUCUUGUGAUGGAACAGUUACAACAAUAAUAGAAUCUUACUCAAUCUUGAUCUCCCAUCACGUGACAUUUUACCGUGUCACGUUACAUUAUAAACCCAUCACGUGACAAAAACGUGACCUGUGAAGAGAACUUUACAAUGCAAGCCAAAAAUGCAGCUAACCCCGGACCCAGCUGUCUCACGGAUAUCCUAUUCUGUUCCUGGGACUGCUUUUACAAAUAAUGGAUUUAUAUGUAUAAGAGUGAAAAAUUGUCAAAUUGAAAUUUAAUAUAAAAAAUAGGGAUCUUUUACACCCUGUUGACUAGAUUGCACUUUUUGUAACGUUAUUAAUCAAUUUUUAAGGAAUGCAGCAUUUUGCAAAAUAAAAUCUUUUGGAAUAACCCCAAAGAAUAAUGAAAUUUCUGACAUGUAAAGAAAUUUUCAUAAAAUAUUUAAACACAAUAAGUUAGAAAUUGUCUAACCUUAGUCAACUGUGGCCAACACGAUCUUAACAUGUUAAUUUGAAAAAUCUAAUUUAAAUAAGUUCCUGUUAAAUCAUUAAAUAAUGGCUUUAAAAUAGUUAAUGCAGUGGCCUAAACUGUCUUUUUUUACUGUUAUAAGAAUUCAAAGCAAUCAUGAGUUAGGCCUGAUCAAUGCAAAUUCUUUAUAAGCCUACAAAAACCUUCAGUCCUUUGGAAAUACAGCAAAAAGGGGUAUUUACAUUUUUUUACCUCAUUUUGAAUAAAAUGUUACCGCCGACAGACAUGUUCUAUGUUACCAGUGUAAAGUUUGAGAAAGAAAUUUAUGUAAAAAAUGAGAAAAUAAAAAUCAUCCUCAUUUUGUUAAAUCAAUAAAAAGACAUGAUUUAA